AACUGCUCCAAAAGAAUGUGUUUUUCUCUCAUUCUGGAAAUCAACAUGCAGUCUGAAUCUAACAUUACAGUGCAAGAUGACAUUGAUGACAUCAACACCAAUAUGUACCAACCACUAUCAUAUCCAUUAAGCUUUCAAGUGUCUCUCACCGGAUUUCUUAUGUUAGAAAUUGUGUUGGGACUUGGCAGCAACCUCACCGUGUUGGUACUUUACUGCAUGAAAUCCAACUUAAUCAACUCUGUCAGUAACAUUAUUACAAUGAAUCUUCACGUACUUGAUGUAAUAAUUUGUGUGGGAUGUAUUCCUCUAACUAUAGUUAUCCUUCUGCUUUCACUGGAGAGUAACACUGCUCUCAUCUGCUGUUUCCAUGAGGCCUGUGUAUCUUUUGCAAGUGUCUCAACAGCAAUCAACGUCUUUGCUAUCACUUUGGACAGAUAUGACAUCUCUGUAAAACCUGCAAACCGAAUUCUGACAAUGGGCAGAGCUGUAAUGCUAAUGAUAUCCAUUUGGAUUUUUUCAUUUUUCUCUUUCCUGAUUCCCUUUAUUGAGGUAAAUUUUUUCAGUCUUCAAAGUGGAAAUACAUGGGAGAACAAGACACUUUUGUGUGUCAGUACAAAUGAAUACUACACUGAACUGGGAAUGUAUUAUCAUCUGCUAGUACAGAUCCCAAUAUUCUUUUUCACUGUCAUAGUAAUGUUAAUCACAUACACCAAAAUACUUCAGGCUCUUAAUAUUCGAAUAGGCACAAGAUUUUCAACAGGCCAGAAGAAGAAAGCAAGAAAGAAAAAGACAAUUUCUCUAACCACGCAACAUGAGACUACAGACAUGUCACAAAGCAGUGGUGGGAGAAAUGUAGUCUUUGGUGUAAGAACUUCAGUCUCUGUAAUAAUUGCCCUCCGGCGAGCUGUGAAACGACACCGUGAACGACGAGAAAGGCAAAAAAGAGUCUUCAGAAUGUCUUUAUUGAUUAUUUCUACAUUUCUUCUCUGCUGGACACCAAUUUCUGUUUUAAAUACCACCAUUUUAUGUUUAGGCCCAAGUGACCUUUUAGUAAAAUUAAGGUUGUGUUUUCUAGUCAUGGCUUAUGGAACAACUAUAUUCCACCCUCUAUUAUAUGCAUUCACUAGACAAAAAUUUCAAAAGGUCUUGAAAAGUAAAAUGAAAAAGCGAGUUGUUUCCAUAGUGGAAGCUGACCCCAUGCCUAAUAAUGCCGUAAUACACAACUCUUGGAUAGAUCCUAAGAGAAAUAAAAAAAUUACCUUUGAAGAUAGUGAAAUAAGAGAAAAAUGUUUAGUACCUCAGGUUGUCACAGACUAG